AUGUCGGGCACGUCCAAGCUCUUUGCCUCCAUCGACGCGCAGUAUGGCUCGCAGAUCUCGUCCAUGACCGAAGAAUCCAAGAUGCUCGUUGGCCUCCCUUACCUAGCCAACACGGAGCAUCUCAUUCGGGGUCGAGUCAAAGCACGACGUCUUCAAACCCUCUACAACGCGACGCAGCCCACCUCUGCGCUCGACGACGCAACCGCAGCAUUCAACCAGGGCCAGACCGUCAUGUCAGAGGACCGCAAACGGUUGCUCUCGGAGCUGCUCGAGACGUCCCAAGAGUCAUUGGCAAAGGUCGAAUUCGAACCCCCGCUCUGGGUCGACUAUGGAUCCAACAUCAAGCUGGAAGGCGCUUUCUAUGCGAAUUACAACACGACGAUCCUGGAUUGCUCAGAAGUGAGGCUCGGCGACGGUGUGCUGUUCGGUCCCAACGUCAGCAUCUAUUGCGGAACCCACUCGGUUAGCGUCAAGGAACGAAAGGAGGGUCUGGAGAGAAGUCUACCGGUGAGCAUCGGAAGAGAUACCUGGGUCGGAGGUGGGAGCAUCAUCAUGGCGGGUGUGACCAUUGGCGUGGGGUGCACGAUCGGGGCGGGCAGCGUGGUGACCAAGAGCAUCCCGGAUUGGUCCGUUGCUGCCGGCAGCCCGUGUAGGGUGUUGCGCACGCUGAGCGAGGAGGAGCGCGCAUAG